GGAAGAGGAGAGCUGAUGUCUAAGGGAGUCACUCGGAGGAGGCAAAGCAGCCGGGCGCUCAACUUCUCCGCCUUGCUGCUCAGCGCCAAGCGGCACCGCUGGAAACCGGACGCUGCCGCCGGACUUGACAAGACGGGACCCUCCUUCCUCCCAUGGCCACGCUGCGGCUCGGGGUUUGACCGCUCGGCCGCUCCCGGGAAGCCACUGGACCACCGACCUCCGCCAACUCUGCCGCCGCGCUCAGCGAUGUAUUAUUCCCUGCUCUCCGCCUGCACUUGCCUAUGUUUACACUUCCUGCUGCUGUGCAUCCAGAUACAGAUGUUUGUCGCCGAAGAAAAUGUGGAUUUCCGGAUACACGUGGAAAAUCAAACGCGAGCGCGAGACGAUGUGAGCAGGAAGCAGCUCAGACUCUAUCAGCUGUACAGCAGAACAAGUGGGAAGCAUAUUCAAGUUCUAGGUAGACGGAUCAGUGCCAAAGGAGAAGAUGGAGACAAAUAUGCCCAGCUUCUAGUGGAAACAGACACAUUUGGCAGUCAAGUCCGGAUCAAAGGGAAAGAGACAGACUUUUACCUUUGCAUGAACAGGAAAGGCAAGCUAAUAGGGAAGCCGGACGGCACCAGCAAAGAGUGUGUCUUCAUUGAGAAAGUCCUAGAGAACAACUACACGGCUCUGAUGUCGGCGAAGUACACGGGGUGGUACGUCGGCUUCACCAAAAAGGGGAGGCCCCGGAAAGGGCCCAAGACACGGGAGAACCAGCAAGAUGUUCAUUUUAUGAAAAGAUACCCAAAGGGUCAAGUGGAAUUACAGAAACCUUUCAAGUAUACGACAGUGACCAAGCGGACUAGGAGAAUACGACCCACCAACCCCAGUUAAAAGAUAGACAAAGACAGUGUCAUGCAAAUGAACUACAAAAGAUAGACUGUUCCAGAGAAAUAUUUUUACACUAAAAAUAAGGGAGAAGCUCUAUUUUUGUACAUUGUGUUGAUUUUUUUUUUUUAAAGACUGGAUUGAAAAAGAAAAGAAAAGGAAAAAAAAACCCACUGGGGAAGCUGUAAAAGAUUUAUUGUGACUUGAAGACAAACAAAAAAAAUGGCUCUAUUUAAAUUGACUUUCCCCCUUCCCCUCCCCCUUCUGUGGAUUGACAUAUAGGUGCUUAUUUCUCUUUUGGAACGGGUGACUUUUUCCAAGCCAACCUCUAGAGGGGAACGAGUCCACCUUAAAAUAACAGUAGGAACCAAAACCACAAACCAAAGAAAACCAACGCUCACCUUUCCCAAAGUCCCCGAAACUCCUUGGAUGGUUCUCUGGUGUUGCGGUGAUCUGUUUUUAUUUGUCUGCUGCGAUCUCGACCGAGACAAGAUGGUCUGCAAAUCAGUCAUUGAGCUUCCGUGGAGGGCUCAGUACCUCAGUCCUUUUGUAACCCUUUCUGACGACAUAAGGUGUCACGGCUCUGUGAUCCUGCAUCAUUUCGCUCACUUCUGGAGAAUGCUGCUAUCGACCUUCAAGUGACUAAGUAAAAUAACCUAAUACACCAAUGAUAAGGGAAUUAUUUUAAAACCAGCUCUAUUAUAUAUAUAAAUAUAUAUUAUAUAUAUAAGCUAUUUAUUUCACCUCUCUGUAUAUUGCAGUUCCAUGAACCAAGUAUUACUGCCUCAACAAUUAAAAAAAAAAGAAUUAUUUAAAACA